AUGUAUUCGUCGACUCUUGUAGUCAAGUCUCAUCUUUCCGCACAGCGGCUACGUCGUGCACCUCGUCUCCGCGCACAGCUACCACCUGCAGCUGUGCGUUGCGAGCUUCGUCGCCUCGUUUGCUCCCGUGGUGCCCCCUGGCGACAUCGCGACACACGAGGUGGCACGCGCUUCUGCGCGCACGCGCUCCGGCGCGCGGUCGUGCGCAUCGUCCCGCUCGCUCCCGCCGUGAUCCUCGGGCAGCUGAGCGCGCUCUACCCGCACCGGACGCGCGCGCCGCACACGCAGACGUGCUUCCUUCAGAACGCGCUCCACGUGACGACGUACCUCCCCGCUCUGCGCGGCGACGUCGUCGCCAUCGUCGUCGCGCGGAUGCUGCAGAUCGACGCGCUGCUGACGCGGCGCGACGUCGACGAGAUGCGGGCGAGGAGCGUCGCCAUGACGACGCCUGACGACGACGACGAUCAGAUAUUCGAGAUGGAAGAGCUUCAUGUGGCCGACACGAAGCUGCAGACGUCGGACAAGGGCCAGCUGUUCGCUUGUCUCGACGACCUCAUGUACGUCAUGUUUGCCUACAUCCACGCCACUUGCUGGCAGCACAACGGCGACGAAGAGACGCUGAACUGGAAAGCGGCUUCGUCGCUGUACCGCGAGCUGGCGGCGGCUUUCCGGCGCGUCGUUCUCCCGACGCACGAGUCGUCGCACGUACAGUACCUCGCCUUCUACAUCUGCAGCUUCCGUCCGACGCUCGCCGACGCUUUCCUCGACCUUCUCUGGAAGGGCUUCCUCGACGUGAACGCGUCGGCCGUCGCGCGGCAGAACUGCGCCGCGUACGCCGCCUCGCUGCUCGUGCGCGCCCGCUACGUCGCCGCGGCGACCGUACGUACCGUCCUCACGGCGAUGGCGGCGUGGAUCCACCGGUACAUCGACGGCGGCGUCGACGCGCUCGCGCGGCCAGACCGCGCGGCCCACCUCGCGUUCUACGCCGCGUGCCAGGCGCUGUUUUAUGUCGUCGCGUUCCGGCACGAGGAGCUGGCGCGAUCGCCCGGCGGGCACGCGUGGCUGCGAUCGCUGAACCUGCAGCGCGUCGUCACGUGCCAGCUGAACCCGCUCGCCGUCUGCCCGGCGGCCGUCGUCCUACAGUUCGCGUCAGUUACGCGCGCGCUGCAGAUCGCAUACUGCUACACGGUCGUCGAACACAACGCGAGAAACACGAUCCCGGUCGCGCGCGACUCUCGUGCGUCCCUCGCCGACGCUCUCGCGUCGUUCUUCCCCUUCGAGCCGUACGUCCUCCCGAAGUCGCGCCGCUUCGUCGCCACGCCGACACUCUACAGGGAGUUCAAGCUGAGCAAGCCCGACGCGGAGAAGGGGAGGAAAAAGAUGGAGGAGGAGGACGGGGAGGAGGGAGAGGAGGAGGACGACUUCCUGCACUACGGGUCGUCGCCGGGAUUCAAGCGAGCGCACCUCGCGUUGUCGCCGCCGCUGCUCUGCGACAUGGCGAUGUCGUUGUGACGCGAGCGCGCAAAGCGAUGACUUCACAGAGACGCGUGCAGGCGGACUGCUGAUGUCGUUGUGACGGGAGCACGCGAAGCGCUGACGUCGCUGAGGAGAAGAGGCAUCAGGCGAAUACCGCCUCGCAAAUCGAUCGACGAAUAUGCUUUGGCGUGUGAGGUGAAUUGGAAGAUGUGUAUUGAUAUAAACUAUAAUAUAACUAUACUAUAAUUUAUAAACUCAGCGGUGCUCCUGCCACUUCCCCUCCCACCUCAGAUACUUGAAACACAAUUGUACUCUAUUUAUAUCGUCACGUGUAGUAUUUCCUUUCCAUCCACAGCGGCGCGCCGCAGUGUAAUCAAUUCUUUCUACUCCAUUCUUUGUGUCUUUUGUGUAUCGCGUUACGAUAACGUGGUUACAACAAAAGCCUUAGGUGGAACGUGAUUUGGCUAACGCUCCAUUAGGAGUGUUCCCAACUUUGAUAUCAUUAAUGAUUAAUGUUUGAUAAUCCUAAC